CAAAGCCACAGCCACUUCACUCACAAGUCACAACUCCGGAACUUCCCCUCCUUAUAAAUCUCACUUUUUUCGCUGUUUCCCUGUCCUCUCACUUUCUCUUUCUCGUUUCUCGCGGUCGCAGAGGGAAUCUACGGUGCUCUACAGAUCAGAUCCGAAGAACAAGGAUUCUUGAUAUUUCCUGCAGUGUUGUCAUGUAUUGGGUUUUGAAUGCAGCAGGUCAAGGUUUCCUUCUAUAGGACCAGAGAAACAGAAAGAAAAAAUAAACAGGAAAGAGAGGAUGGGUCGUGGAGUCAGCAGCGGAGGCGGGCAGAGUUCAUUGGGCUACUUGUUUGGAAGUGGUGAGGCCCCAAAGCCUGCUGCCAAGCAGGCUGAACCUGCUCAGCCUACUCAGAAUGCUCAGCCUGCUCAGCCUACUCAGCAUGCUCAGCCUGCUCAGAGCCAGGGACAGGGUGCAAAUAAUGGACCGUCCCCAAAGCCUACAGUUGCUUCUCAACCGGUGGAUAACACUAAGCAGAUUCCAGCUGGCAUCCAAGGGAACACUUCUAAAAAUGCAAACAACUACUUCCGAGCUGAUGGUCAGAACAGUGGCAACUUCAUCACGGAUCGACCUUCAACUAAGGUUCAUGCAGCCCCAGGUGGUGGGUCUUCUCUCGGUUACCUGUUUGGUGAUGGUGGAAAUUAAUUUUCACUAUCCCUCAAAGCAUGGAGCUGUUUUACCGUUUGUGGAGGAUCUGUAGUAGCUUGGAAGAGACAAUAUUUCAUUUCCGUAGAGAAUACAAACUGUUUGAUCGUGUAUUGUAAUAUAUAGCUGUUUCUUGGUUGAACGUUUGUUGGUAGGUCUGCUGAAGUGAGGGAACUUCUGAAUUAGAUGCAAAAACACUCAUUGGAAGCUCAAUUGUUGUAUGAAUGAAGUUCCUUUUUCUGUUGCA